GCGUAUGACGGCGGCUCGAGUGAGGAAGUGCGUCAAGUGCGGGACGGGCCUGGUCAAGUCGGAGGGCUGCAACCGCAUGUCGUGCCGCUGCGGCAGCUUCAUGUGCUACCUUUGCCGAGAGCCCAUCACUGGCUACAACCACUUCUGCCAGCACGCCCGCUCUCCUGGCGCGCCCUGCCGUCACUGCCGCAAGUGUUCCCUCUGGACAGACCCCACGCAAGAUGACGAGCGAAUCAUUCAGGAGAUCCAGAAGGAAGGCGAGGAAGAGCUGAAGAAGAAAUGUACAGAUAAUUCAGGGAAGAGGGUUGGUCCUCCUCUGGAGCCCGUCACGGACACCAAGCGACUGCGUGUGGGUCCGCCGGCCGAAAACCCCCCCAAUCCCCAGGCCCCUCCUCAUCCCCAGGCGGUCCAAGCUCACCUGUUCGUCCCUCCGCGUGCCCACUACCCUCCAGCUCCUCCUCAGGGCAGGAUAUACCACCAGGUGAUUGUGCCUCGGCUGCCCCCGGCACCUUAUGUGCCCCCCCUGCAGCACCUGCCCCCCCUGAACAAUAACAACAACAACAAUCACCACCACAACGCUCCCGUCAACCCUCAUCACCACAACAUGGACGUAUUGGACCUGCCCAUGCACUACGGACCCCCACACCGCUACUACAGACGCUUCUAACAGACGCUGUGUGGCGAGUGUGUGAGUUUGGCUACAUCCACACUACACCUGAGUUUUGAAGCCGCUAAAACGGAGAAGUUCUGAAACGCCGUUGGACCCGUUUUAGUUUGACAACUCCAGGGCUGUCUUUUAAUCUGAAUGUGCAGAAACGGAGAUGUUAGAGGAACGAUGACAUAGACUCUGUCAACUUGCUGAUUGGUUCUUUUUCGGUCACGACGUAGCAUUUGCUGAUUCGUCAGGCUCCUUUCAAGCAUUAGCUUCACAACACAACGUGGAUAAAUUGGAUAGACAUGUGUAGAGUAACAAGCGUUGCUUACCCUGUUGUCUUUGCUAACAGCUGUUGUGCAGUUAAAUUCUGUAUUUUACAACAAUACGACUGCUUAUGUGUGUAGGUGACGAGUUUGUAUACUUGCUUGUAGCCUAGCUGUUUCUGCAACUAACACCGAGUGCCCUGUGGACGCGAGUGGUCACUCGAUUCCCGUUCUCAGGCCUGGUAAUAUGGACAGGGAUUAAAACUGAUACGGAGCCAAAACAAAUGUGUGGACAGAUAAUUAUGGUUUGACAACGUAGUCUUAGUGUGGAUGUAGCCUUAAUCCUGUUGCGAAUAUGUCAUCGUUGGACUCAUACACGUUCUGUUUUUAGAGUUCUACUUGUCAUUUCAGUGGCGGUUUUGAGAUCUGAUGUUCUUUUCCGUGAUCAUCACCUUGUUCUGUUCAUUUUUUUCCUUUUGUUUCACAUCUUGCAUCUCAGACCUUCUGCUUGACUCGUUCUUUUGGCUUCAGAUAGUAAAACACACUGAAAUGACUGAUACACACAUUCAGACACUUUGCCUUCUCCCACUGAGCUUGGGGCGUAGGAUCCUCACGUCACAUGUUUUAUCUUUCCUCUUUUUAUGCGUAAAUAUUCGGGUUGAACUGACAAAUGGUUGAGAAUCCUGAGGCGGGUUAGUCCCUGUUUGUACAGAUAUUUUUGAGACAAUAAAAACCGACAGUUAACAUUCCCUCCUGUAUCUUUUUGUGUAAUGUGUGAGACCACACAAUUUUCUAAUAAAGCUUUGUGUUCACUUUG